AUGGAUUUGAUGUCCAUGAUAUCAGGCUCUGCUCAGGAUUUCAAGCUCAUCCUGGACUAUUUGCCAGCAUACUUGCCUCGAUUUCGCAACUUUCACAAUAUCAUGUUAGGUGUAUCACUGGGAGGCCAUACAGCCUGGCGCAUGGCCUCGGCAGCACCCGGCCAAUUCGAAGCAUUUGCAAUCGUGGUAGGCUGCCCCAAUCUAACCUCUCUUCUCCUGUCCCGACUCGGCCUCGACGCAGCCACCUUUGGAGUCGACCAAGACGAGCUUGAUAAGAUCCCGUAUGAUGAGCUAGAGAGAGUCAUGAGUCAGGAGCAGCGGCGAAGAUGGCCAAGGGCCCUCGCGGAGUUGGUGAGAGAAGGUGACAGGAAGGCUAGAGAUGAGUUUCCCAGGACGGUUCCGUUGCUGAUGUGCAAUGGCAAGUAUGAUGCGCUUGUGCCAGCGGGCUUUUCUGAGUCGUGGCUCAAGAGGAGGGAGAUGGCGAUGAAUGGGGAGUUUGCGGUAAAAGGCAAGGCCAGGAUUUUUAUACAGGAUAACACGGGCCAUAGCUGUACCAAGGAAAUGGUGGCAAUGAUUGCGGACUGGAUCGGGGUUUUAUACAAGCAGUAA